GAUGCAGUGGAAGAGAUGGCCCCCGCUCUUACGGAGCCAUUGAGCCAAAGCAAACUGUCCUCCUCGGCGGCCUCGGGCGCCUCGCCCCGGACGAGCAGCAGCACCACCACGACCACGACCAUCGAUACCACCAUCGCUUCGUCGGAUGCUGCCGUUGCCUACGAAGAGGAACGGACCACACAGUCCUCGGACCAACAACCGGCAGCGCUCGAUGGUGGCGGUGGUCUAUCCGCAGAACAUCACGCCGCAGCGACCUCCUCCUUCAGAGAAGUGCAGGAAACGGCCACCACCAGUAAUGAGCAGUCCGGAACCACCACUCUCGGGAGCAGCACCACGGUCGAUGACAUACAGAACAACAACAGCACCAACAAUGGUGAACACCAAACGCUGAAGAUCCUUCCCGACCCUAGCCGCGAUCUGAUCGAGUUAGCGCUGGAGCAGCUCCACCAGGAUGCCACGAUCGGGGUCGGUAUGCCGGGUUUGGGAAACUGCACGGUGACCACUGCUGCCGUUGAUGGUUUGAAUAAGGGCACCGUAACCGGUGUGCCGAUGACCAACGCCACCACCAGCACCAUCACCAGCAUGCCGACGACUAUUUUGCAGCCACCGGUGUCGGAGUCGGACCAGCAGCCACAGCAACUGCAGCAGGAAAUGAUGAACGUUCCGGCACAGGAGCUGUCCCAGUCAUCCAUCGGGACCACGGCCGGUAGUGAGGCAGGCGGGUUGCAAAAGGACUACCUCAAGGAGAACGCCGAAAUGGACCAAAUGAUCCACGAUCUGUCGACGGCCGACAUCGAUCUGCUGCAGGUCCUGAAGAGCUUCGACACCAGUGGUCUGCUGCUGUUCAGCGACGUCGACGUAGCGAACCUGUGCGACGGUCCGGACGGUAGUGGCCAGUCCGCCGCUUCGCCUAACAAGGAUCGUGAGCGGUCCGAGCUGCGGGCGGACAUCAUCAAGCGCCAGACGCAGAUGCAGCGGAAGUGCGAUUUUCUGAUCCGCCGGCUGAGCAAGCUGUGCGCUCGGUACAUGGGCCAGCACAUCAGCGAGGAGGUGGCCGGAACGUUCGAGUACGCCCAGCGCUACUGGAAGAAGCGCGAGAAGGAGUACGCGAAAGGUCAGCUGCACAGCAGUGCGGCUGCUGGCGGUGCUUCUGGCCAUGCCACGACGUCAACCGGCGGCGGUGACGGUGGUCAGCAGCAGCAGUGGCCUGAGAUCAUACCGUACCAGGCGCCACCGCCGCUGGUGGAGCAGCAGCCGGAAAAACUGAAACCAAUCUCGGCCAAUGCGCUCAAAACGUUCACCAAGCGGCUGGAGGGAAUCUCGAGCACGAUCUGCUCGGCGCAAAGCAAACGCGUGCUGCACACCCGCUACUUUCACGGCGUAAACCACGCCUCGGGGGAGAUGGUUGGCCGCGGGACUGCGGCCGGGGAGCGUCCACCGAGUUACGCGAACAUUUCCAACACGAUUCCACUGUUCGAGAAGAGUUCGGCGCUGGAACUGGAGCAGACGGCGGGUCUGCUGCACUCCGGCCUGCGCCAGGUGCAGAUGACCCUCGACUCCGACGCAACGCUCAGCAGUUCCGGUGGUGACUCGGCCGACGAAUCGGUACCAUACAGCAACAUGUCACAGCAAACGCUUCCGAUCCGGAAACGUGCUUUAUGGAAGUGGUCGAAGGAUCGCGCAGCCGUGGCAAGCCGUUGGACCUGGCUCGUGGCCCGGGUCGCCGAUCUGGAGUACCGCAUUCGGCAGCACAAUGAGUUGUUGAUGAAAAUUCGCUACAACAAGGGCCCCAUCACGCUGGAAGAGUUUGCCCUGGUCCAAGACGGGAGCAGCAGCAUCGGUGGUGAUGACGCCCAGCAGCCGCAGUCGCUAAACGGCUACCGUGGCCUGCUUCCCGGCAGCAGCAAACCGCUGCUGAACAGCGAGCUCGGUGCGACGGACGAAGAGGAAGCCAUUCCGAGUUGUUCGCGCACCCGGCCCUACAACCGCUCAAAGUUCCGCAAGCGGAAGCUGAUGCAGACACCGAAUCUGCACAUCAUAUCGAAGCGAGCGGCACGGCCAAGCAACAUCAAGUGUGGUUGCCAGUGGCCACUGCAACCGUGUGCCCUCUGUACGGGACGAUCCGAUCCGACGGCACCACGUGAUCCGCCCGCCACGAUGCCGUUCGCCGAACGGGUGGCCUUGCUUGAUUCCUCGUACCAUCCUGUGCUAAGUUUCCCCGGAGAAAUUUCCCAUUCGAUGCACUUGGAAGCGAUCAUGCGGGUACCGGAGAUGCAGAACCGUAUGAUACGCGGCCCGACCGCUUCGACCAAAGCUUCUACUGCCGGCACCUCGUCGGCGACGGGGGGCAGCUCUUCGUACAAAUCUUCGGGCGGACAGCAGCACCGCUGGCGGUCACCACCGGGUGAGCACGCUCGCAACAACGCCGCCGCACCGUUCCUUUCGUCCGGCGACGAGGGCGAACUGUCGUCGCACGGCAAACGCUACAUCGGUUCGGAUGGCAAACGGAAGCACGGCGUAAGCGGCAGCAGCAACAAGUACAAGAACAACGAACGCUCCUCCUUGCCCGAUGGCAACAAUAGAUCGAAGAAAUCCAAGUCCCGGCGGGAUGUGAUACAACCGAAUAGCCGCAAAUCGUCGUGCUGCCACCACCACCACGCAACGGGCGAUUGUGGCGGUAGCGGUGGCCCGAAUGGUGGCCCUCAAAACAACAAGCAGCGAUCGAGCAAAUCGCGAAAAUCGUCCCACUGCUUGGAGUGCACCGAGGGACAGCUCCCGGAUGGGGCGGCCAGUACCGGCCGUAGCAAGAACUCAUCGCCAACACCAAAUCAUCAUCGUAACGAAAGGCGGCAUCGCACUUCGUACGACAUCGACAAUAUUGUUAUUCCGCUCAGUAUGGCGGCCACUACCAGGGUGUCGUUGCCGCAGUACAAGGACAUAGCGAUACCAAAAUGGCGCAUCGUGCAGGAUGAGGAAGAUGCUGCGACAGAAGAACAGCUCGAAGCGGAGGAAACAGUGAUGCUGCAGACCGGUUCACCGCCGACAGCCCACCCUCGGGGUUCGGUGUCACCCUCCUCAACGACCACCGUGACUGCGAGCGAAACCGGCGGUGCGACGCUGACCAGCGGCGACGAGCUGGUGCUGGUGGACAUCAAACCGGUUAAAGUUGAGCCAAUUCAUCCACCGAACGGUACGAAACCGACCGUGGCCGCCGGUACGUCGUCGUCGUCGUCCUCCUCCACGAUGCUGCCUUUCAGCGUCAUCAAGAAGGAAGAUUACGGCGACACGCCGCAACCGGGACCGAGCUGCGUCGAAAGUCAGCAGCAGCAGCUGAUCGUGAUGCCGGCACAGGACGAGGAGGACAUUUCCGAGGAGGCGAUCCACCUGAAGCACGACCGAGCGCUGCAAGAGGAGCGCAAAAAGUUCCAAACGUUCCUCAAGUUCCCGUGGAGUCGACCGCGUGCCAAUCGGCGCACGGAGAGCCGAGCCGGGUCUCAGAGUGGUCCCAACACUCCCGAUCCCACGUCCCCGGCACCACCGACUCCGAUGGUGGAGCACGAUUCGUCGCCGGCAUGCCCGUCAACGCCGCUUACGCCACAGGAUGGGCAAGUUCUCUCGGAGGCAAACGUUAUCAACGCUUUCAACAAAAGUCUCAGCAAAAAGGAACGCCGCAGAACGGUGUCUUCGAAGCGCGAGGAGCAACAGCAAGCCCACACCGGAGGUGGUAACACCCCGCCGGACACGCGCGAGCUCGUGUCGCCGUACGAAUCGCUGCAGUUCCCGUUGACAGACGACAUCUACGAUGAAAUGCUAAGAUCGAUGCCGAGCGAUCACAUCGCACUGGUCGAGGAGUGUAUCGGCAAGCUGACGGGGCGCGACGGUCUGCCACUGCGCCGACCACGCCAUCCGAACAACAAUGUGCUGCUCGUGCUGAAAUCCAGCAUCGAUUUGGCCCCGGCCAGUCUCGGGUUGGGCAGCCAAAAUCCGUUCAGUUCGAACGCUUCCUGCACCUCGACCACGAUGUCGGCCGUCGAAACCGACCUGGACGAUUUCGACGACGAAGACCUGAUGCUGGCCAAGCGCACCGAAAACCAGCGCAUCAUGGAGCGCCUGCUGAACAAUCGCGACGCGUCGCUACGCUACGAAAUCGUGCCACCGACGGAGAAACCGAUGCUCGACGAUGACGAUCCGCUGGACGACGAAGAAACGGACACGGGCGAGUCACUGUUCGUCGAAGAGGACGAUCCGAACGACCCGGAGUGGUACGAUCGGCCCCGAGCCCCGAACCGUAGUAUCGGAGCCGCGCCCGGCAGCGGCAGACUCUAG